UUUCCUUCCUUCUCAAAAGGACUUGCUAUUGCACAAUACCUAUACAUUUGCAUAUACUUGACGUUAUAUUUCUUCUUUUUUUUGCACUUGACCAAACAUUGCCGUUAAUGCUCUUUUUUUACUUUGCAUAGAGCAAAUAACCUUCACGUAACUUAAAACACUUCAGUAUGUCUUCAACCUGUGAUGCACUAAUUUAAUACAUUUGGAAAUAUCAUGCAUGCCACUAGAAAUCACUGUUGUCUUGUCUGUGAAACGGAUACAUUUGGGUACAAAAUAACAUAAUGAUACAGUGUUGGAUAAAAGGAUGGAAGACAAAAGUUUACAUUGUUUACAUGGACGUCAUGGCUGACAUAGUAACAGGGGGACUGACAGCUUGGUCAGGCGAGUGAUGUCAAAUCCCUGGAUCUGUGGGACUGUGAAAUAGUCCGGGCAGAGUCACACUGAGCGCACCAAAGCAUGGGUUUGUUGGCAGUCCUACGGAGGUUGAAGACCACUCCUGACCAGGAGGUGAGGAUCCUGCUACUGGGGCUGGACAAUGCUGGCAAAACCACCCUGUUGAAACAGCUCGCCUCUGAAGACAUCAACCACAUAACCCCUACACAGGGCUUCAAUAUCAAAAGUGUGCAAAGCCAGGGCUUCAAGCUCAAUGUGUGGGACAUCGGAGGCCAAAGGAAGAUCCGCCCUUACUGGAGGAACUACUUUGAGAACACAGACCUACUGAUCUACGUCAUUGACAGUGGUGAUAGGAAGCGCUUUGAGGAAACAGCUGAGGAGUUGGGUGAGCUGCUUGAGGAGGAAAAGCUAGCUAUGAUCCCCAUGCUGAUAUUUGCCAACAAGCAGGACCUGAUGACGGCAGCCUCCCCUGCCGAGCUGGCUGAGGGGCUCCACCUGCACACCAUCAGAGACCGUAUUUGGCAGAUCCAGGCCUGCUCUGCACUCACCGGAGAGGGAGUGCAGGAUGGCAUGGUAUGGCUAUGCAAGUGUAUACCCACUAGAAGGAAAUAACUGUGAGGACCACAGGUUUGAGGUUUGAACAAUCUGAGUAUGCGGAACGCCAACAACAAAAGGCUUAUUUUCACAAAUAGGUGAUAUCUAAUGAUAUCUAUGGUUGGUUUUAUAUCAUGGUACAUGAUCACAUCAAAGGUUAUUUUUUUGAUACCUGAAUUGCUUAUUUAAUAUUACUAGUCACUAUGUGUACAUUUGUUUGCACUAAUAGACUGUAUAACCCUGCAGUUACUGCAGUGACCAUUUGAUGUUGAAGGUCUUUUGAUACAGUGUGUGUGUGCAUAUUGUAAGAAUACAGAAGCAGAGAAGUUUGUCAAUUUUUUUUUUUUUUGUAAAUUGUUUACACUACUGAUGAACUGCAUGUCUGACAGUUUUUAAAUAAAGCCGAAUUAUUCUAAGA